AAGGGGGAGGAGCCUAGGCAGAGCCCCGCCCCCUCCGGUGGACUCGACUCACUCCUAGCUUGGCCGCCCGCGCUCGAGGAGCUGGGAGCAGCCGCACAUCCCAAAACUUUCGCGAUGGUUUCGGUGACCAGAAACGUGUUUGGAGAGCUGCCCUCGGGGGGAGGGACGGUGGAGAAGUUCCGGCUGCAGUCCGACCAGCUGGGGGUGGACAUCAUCUCCUGGGGCUGCACCAUUACAGCCCUGGAGGUCAAAGACAGGCAGGGGGAAGCCUCAGACGUGGUGCUCGGCUUUGCCGAGUUGGAAGGGUACCUCCAAAAGCAGCCCUAUUUUGGAGCCGUGGUUGGGAGAGUGGCCAACCGAAUUGCCAAGGGGACAUUUACUUUGGAUGGGAAGAAGUACCAGCUGUCCAUCAACCGGGAGCCCAACAGUCUGCACGGUGGCCUCAGAGGGUUUGACAAGGUCCUCUGGACCCCCCAAGUGCUGUCCAACGGCGUCCAGUUUUUCCGCAUCAGUCGGGACGGUGAGGAGGGCUACCCUGGGGAGUUGAAAGUCUGGGUGACCUACACCCUGGACGGUGGGGAGCUCACAGUCAACUACAGAGCGCAGACCAGUGAGGCCACGCCUGUGAACCUGACCAACCACUCCUACUUCAAUCUGGCGGGCCAGGGCUCCCCAAAUAUAUAUGACCAUGAAGUCACCAUAGAAGCAGAUACUUUUUUACCCGUGGAUGAAACUCUGAUUCCUACAGGUGACAUCGCGCCGGUACAAGGCACUGCAUUUGACCUGCGAAGGCCAGUGGUGCUGGGCACACACCUACAGGAGUUUCACAUUAAUGGUUUCGACCACAAUUUCUGUCUGAAGAGGUCUAAAGAAAAGCAUUUUUGUGCAAGGGUGUACCAUGCUGGCAGCGGGCGGACCCUGGAAGUGUACACCACCCAGCCCGGUGUCCAGUUUUACACGGGCAACUUCCUGGAUGGCACCCUGAAGGGCAAGAGUGGAGCCGUCUAUCCCAGGCACUCCGGCUUCUGCCUCGAGACCCAGAACUGGCCUGACGCAGUCAAUCGGCCCCACUUCCCUCCUGCGGUGCUGCGGCCUGGCGAGGAGUACAACCACACCACCUGGUUCAAGUUUUCUGUGGCUUGAAGAAGGGUGAAGAUCGCUGCCCGGGCCAGGGCCCUGGGCUGCCGGUCUCCUGUCCAGAGACAAGGUGAAGACCAAAGCUUGACAAGUAAUUCUGUGCAUCAAAUCUUACGAAUGGUAGCAUCAGGAUAAGUCGAAAUAUUGAUCUCUUCUUUGAGUGACCAGCAGUAGGCUGUGUCAUAAUAAUAGCCUGAAUAUUGAUUAGUUCUUCAAGUGACCAGUAGGCUGUGUCCAAAGACAAGCUCUAUUUUCUGUGCAGCUCAGAGGGCGAGUGAACUCAGCCACCAGUGUGCCCACCCAAGCCCAACAGUGGUUCCUUGGGACCCUCUUGCUGUUAGGCGCCAUCUCCACUGCCUUGUUCUUGUCUACUUUUUUCCCUUCCUUUCUUUGCUAACAGAUGACAACCAGGGCUUCAGGUCAUGCCAGUUCAGGUCCUCUUCUUUGCUUCUACCUUUGAUUGUUGACACAUUGCCAGGGUCAUGGAAGGGUAUGGAGAGAUCUGGCUGCUGGGCUAUGUUAGGGAGCCAGUCAGUCUCACAUUCCCUUUUGUAAUCCGCACUAGGCUGAAAUGUCUCUUAGCUUCCUUGCCUUUGCUAUUCACUGAGAAAGCCCAGGCCAGCCAAGACCUGCAAGAAGGGGCAGGAGCCGAGCAUGAGGAGAGCAGAGGCUGAGUUUCAGAGAGGAGGCUGGAGGCGCCUCUUAUGCUAGACAGUCCACUCAGCAGUGAUAGGCUUGGGCCGGUGACUUUCACAGAAAUGUAUUUUAUAUACUAUCUACUACAAACACUUGAAAUAAAAUCAAA